UCUUGUAUGGAAAAAGAAGAGAGUGACCUGGCUUCAGCUAAAAGGCAGAAUGAAGCUCUUUCUGCUAAUAUUGGUUGUAUAUGCCUCUAUCUCUUCUUCUUUCUCAGCAAUCAAUGAGGCCGCAUUUGCAACGACUUAUCUUGAAAAUUUUUAUGGCUUAAAAAUGGAAGUAACACAAUUGAACAAAGCAAAAGACAAUAAUCCUAUCAAGCAGAAGAUUGAGGAAAUGCAAGAGUUCUUUGGGAUAAAUGUGACAGGUAUAUUGGAUUCAACAACUUUGGAAGUGAUGCACAAACCUCGAUGUGGAGUUCCUGAUAUGCAUGAGUUUAGUGUAUUUCCAAAUCGACCAAAAUGGAAGAAAUAUGAUCUUACCUACAGAAUAAAGAAUUAUACUCCUGACAUUUCCAAAGCUGAGGUGGAUUAUGCCAUCAAGAAAGCUUUUGAAGUAUGGAGCAAUGUAACCCCCCUAACAUUUAAAAGGAUUUAUGCAGGAGAAGCAGAUAUAAUGAUAUCUUUUGCAUCUGGAGAUCAUGGUGACUUUUAUCCUUUUGAUGGCAGCCAUGGCACUUUGGCUCAUGCCUACGCUCCUGGUCCUGGUAUUGGAGGAGAUGCUCACUUUGAUGAGGAUGAAGGCUGGACAGUAGGCACAAAUGGAUACAACUUGUUCCUUGUUGCUGCUCAUGAAUUUGGCCAUUCACUAGGUCUUCAUCAUUCCAGGGAUCCACAAGCUUUAAUGUAUCCCACCUACAAAGGCACCGACCCAAGGCAAUUCCGUCUUUCUCAGGAUGAUAUCAAAGGCAUUCAGUCCCUCUAUGGGGGUCCAGUGAAUCGUCCUUCUAGAUCACCAGAAUUACCUUCCAAACCUACCACAAAGCCAAACAUCUGUGACUCCUUCAUGACAUUUGAUGCCAUUACUACACUCCGAGGAAAAAUACUUUUUUUUAAAGACAGGUUUUUAUGGCAGACACAACCUCAGAACCCAAAAGUGAAUGUUGAUUUGCUUUCUUCAUUCUGGCCAUCCUUACCAUCUGGCAUUCAGGCUGCCUAUGAAGUAGAAUCUAAGGAUCAAGUUUUUCUUUUUAAAGAUAACAAGUACUGGGUGACCAGAGGAACUACUCUGCUAACACAAUAUCCAAGAAACAUCCAUUCUUUGGGCUUCCCAAGCUAUGUGAAAAAAGUUGAUGCAGCUGUUCAUAACCCCUUUACUGGGAAAACCUAUUUCUUUGUAGGAAAUAAUUACUGGAGAUAUGAUGAGAGGAAUCAAUCAAUGGACAGAAAUUAUCCCAGACAAAUUGCUAGGGCAUUUCCAGGAAUUAGACCUAAAGUGGAAGCUGCCUUUUACCACAACAGACAUUAUUACUUUUUCCAAGGAACCAAGCAAUUUGAAUAUGAUGUCAUUUUGAACCGAGUUACUCAUGUUCUGAAAAGCAACAGUUGGUUUGGUUGUUAGAAACAGUAUCCAUGGGCUGAUGGCCCGAUACAAUUAACUUGAGUUCCUUAAUUUAUUGAACAUAAACUCUUUGCUCAGAAUUGUACUAGGUUUUUCCUACUUUGAUAAAACCAUGUUUUAUUUCAUAUGUUUAUGGUGAUGAAGAGGGAAAAGGGUAACCUUCCCUCUACUAAUACAUCUGAAAGAAUUCUUAUUCUUUUCAGGGUGUAAAAUCUAGUCUACAUUAAAAACAUAAACCUAUUUAUAUAUUAUUAAAUAAUCCCCACGAAACUUAAUGAAUAAAUAUGAAAAACAUUUUUUAAAUUGAUUUAGAAAAUAAUGAAUAGAAGUCUAUUUUUUUUUAGUACUUUACCCUUUCAAAAGCCUCUGUAGUAAAUUGAAUAUAAUUUUACCUCCCUAUUUUUUAAUUCAGCCAUUUUAAAGAAGAGAAACAUCUAUAGUCCAGGAGAAACUCAAACCUACCACUAUAGGCUUUUGUUCUGAAACUGUGAUUUUUAUCUUAUUUUUUGGUGUGGAGAGUUCCCACUAAUGCUGACCCCUUUUCUCUAAUUUAUAAUCACAGAGAGCUGCAUAGGGGUUCUGAGAAUUCAGGUGAUUUGUCCAAAGUCACACAACCAGUAGGUGUCAUAGAUAGAACUUGAAUUUGAGCCUUUUUAGCUCCAAGGCUGGUUUCUAGUCCCUGUCUCAUUAUUCCUUGGUAUCUCUCUGGCUCACAGUAAAAGGCUUAAUUAAAUCCAACCCUUCUACCUUUAACCUCAGACACAAAUUGUUUAUGUGAAAAUUCAAAUUUAUUUAUAGUUGAAUCAAGUGCAUACUUUGAAAGUAAGAAAUUCAGACUUUCUCUUCAAGGUCAAAAUGUCACCUUUAAACAUGUAAUUAAAGUGAAAAAUCUGUGUAUAAUUUAACUAUGUAAUUUAUUGCUUAUUAUCCUAUUAUAUAAUACCUAAGGACCUAAUUAUUUUUGUCUUUUAACUAUAUUCAUAAAAUGUUGUUAUUAUCAUGUGUUUUGUUCAGAAAUAA